CUGUGGCAGAGAGUCAGUGAGGCGACAAGCUGGGGAAGGUCCCGGGCUGACUCUCCUCCACAAUGAGCCGGACUCAGAGUCGCCCGCUCCGCACUUGACGCAAACCUGUCUGAACUUAACGUGGCUCCGUCGCAGUCGACCCUGUGCACAUUUUCUACAUUUCAAGUCGCCGAGACGUCUCCUGAAGGGCGAAUGACACCGGCUCACCUUGAUUUCAUUCCGCUGAAAGCUCUUGCGAGGCACAACACUUUCUCAAUGGCGUCUCUACAACAGUCAAGAAUCCAGUCGUAUCUGGAGAAGAAUAAAAUCGGACCCUUGUUUGAGGAGUUGAUGACCAAAUUGAUAACUGAGACUCCAGACCAUCCAAUCCCUUUUCUCAUUGAUCACCUGCAGACCAAGCAAGACAGCCCUGGCAAGCUGCACAGAGCUUUCUCCGGCUCUGCUGCACUUUGGGCGCAGAGCUCCCCAGAAAACAAAAACACUCGGAGGGAGUACACCAACUAUGAAAAGCCCUGGCAAAUUCACCCAAAGAAACCGAAAAAAUCAAAGAGCGACCUUGCUGUUUCAAGCAUCUCUCCACCUUCACCAGAAUCCAAAUCCUUGCCUCGGUCAAUCGAGUACCCGCCCUGGGACUGGAGGGAGAGCAGGGACUUUGAUGAGCUCAACCACAUUUUGCAGGAGAGCAAGAAGCUCGGCAAGGCCCUGGAGAGCCUGUCACGCAGCAUCGCCAUCUCUGAUGAGCUUGACCAGAACUUGGUGGGAUAUAACUCAGUUCUGCGCCCUCGGGUGGUGGGGGAGUGGGUUGGACGGGAGGAAGAUGAUGCAGACCCACUGGCUGCUGAAAUGCUGCACCCCCCUGUCCCUCGGUCCAAAACUGAAGCAUGUUGGAGUGGAGACAGCAGCCCUGCUGGGAGCCUGAAGAUGGAAACGAAGAGCAAAGGGCUAAAGGAGCAGCAGCAGCAUCAUAAGAAGCUUCUGGCAGCCAUGUUGUCCCAGGACUCUUUUGAUUCAGUCCACAGCCCCACCCCCCCUGUCGUGGAAGAGGAGAUUGAGGAUGAGGAUGAUGCCAUGGAGCUUCUGGAGGACCUGGAUGACCUGCGGAUGGAGGGUGUGACAGGGCUGGCUCUAUCCGGCAGCAAGUUCAGCCAAGGACGCAGCUCCUAUCAGCCUGAACCACAGGCCAAAGUUACACUCAACAUCUGCUCUAGGUGUGCCAGGUUGCAGGGUGACACGCUAUCAGACAGCAGAUCUGAAGAGGAGCAUAGGCCACACAUAUCUGAACAAGCUGUACCUGAUAUAUCUUCUCCUUUGCCCGGGGUGGACGCAGUGAUGGGACGACUCCAGGAAUGCGAGGCCUUAUCUCAAAUGUCAGGCUCUCGUCAGGCUGUCUGGGAGGCUGAUGUGAAGGCUGUGAGAGGUGGGAGCUCUGUCGGGCAGACGGGCCUGCUACUGGGUGACUCCCUCUUUUCUAAAGAGCUGGAGAACAUGGGCAAACAGCUCGCUGAGGUUGAGAAGGACCUGGCAAAGUUGGCAGAAGUAGGAAAGAUGACCACCCGGAGCUCCAAUAAUCCACAUAGCAGCCUAUACCACACCCCAGUGCGCCACAGAACUCUGCCUGACACACUCCCUCUCCCCAGCCUUGUCUCCAGGCCCCAGUCUCCAGCUGGUAGCCUUUCAGGCAAGUCUUGUGGUGUGGGCCUCCCCUUGCUUAGCCCCAAGCCCACUACCCUCACCAUGGGUAGGACUCAGUCUCCAAGCAACCCUGGGAGCAGGACUCAAACCCCCAGAACACCCAGCAGACCCAUGACCCCAAAUAGUUUGCUGACUCGCUCCACCUUUAACUCUGGAUCUUAUAAAGAGGUGACCUUCAGGAGGUCACGGAGCCGCCCCGUCACACCCACAAGUCAGCCAAUACUUACCAGACCGCUGCUCACCCCUCCAGGACUAAGCAGUACAGAUACCCUUGGUGCCAGCCUACGGGCCUAUCUGUCUGAGGAUGAGUUUUACCAGCAGUUACAGGCCAUCAGACAGCCUUGGCAUAUUCCCAGUGACACAGACAGUGACAUCUUGGACCCUCCAGAACAGGAUAAGAGUGGUUCACGAGAUGCCAAUAAGAGAUCUGUGUUUUCAGGCCUAUAGUGAUGAAGACCAGAGACACUGAUCCAAUCAAACUAUUAUGCAAACCGCUGGACAUUUUGAUUAUGUGAAUAUACAGACAAUUAUUUUUAUAAUUCAUAGACAGGAAAGAAAAAAGAUUGUAUACUUUUUCACAGUUAUUUCAUAGACAUUGUACUGUAACUGUAUGAUAAAAUGUGAAAAUAUUACAUCAGAGUAUGGAAUAUGCCAUUUAUUUUUGUUUGUUCUAUAGCAUGCGGUUGAAAUUGCAUUUUGUUUGUUGAUAAACUCUUUUUCUAGGCCUAUGGCGUUUUCACACUGUCAGGGCAGCACACCUAUGUUAGGAAAGUGUUUAUUAAAUGCAUUGUUGAAUGAUUUUGUGUUUUUGUUUGGUUUGGGUUUGUUUUUGUUUUUUUUUAGCAAAUUUGCAAGUUGUGAAGGGUAUACGAGGAAUGCUGUUAUAUUAAUUAAAAUGAUUUGGUGCACUUGUUCUAUUUUCUA